UGAAUUCAUUGCUGCUGGCAUUCGUGAUGAGCAUUAAUAAGGAGCUGCAUGGCAACGAACAGCAAGUGUUAAACACACUGGACUAUCGCGGUGCCAUCUAUGCGUCAAACCUCAUAUCUGUAUUUUUGCUGCAUGAAUGCGGGCCUGUUCGGACUAUUGGCCUACACAUGAUCGAUAUGCUCAUUAAAAAUGCAACAAAGUAUAAUUGGACUCCAACCGUUGGCAAUGACUUGAGGAACAGAGUAUGCAGCAUCAAUUCACACGUGUCCAUCUUCAGUGACGUGCAAAGGCAACAGCUGCUAAGCAAACUAGGAUGUCUGACCGGAGCGAAGUAA